AGAAUGGUCGAGAGAUGGAAUCUUUACCUGUUCAUUUGGAUACUGUUCGUAUUCUGGAUAAAAGGCGGAGGAGGGAACAAAUGUCUUUCACGGCAGUACGAGUAUGACAGCGUUGUUUGUGUCUGUAACUCAACUUACUGUGACUCUUUGCCAAAGAUCAAGGAAAUUCCCGUUGGGACGUAUCAGAUGUACACGUCGAGCAAGGAGGGACUUCGUUUCCAACCGGCUUACGGUUCAUUCUUUGACUCCAGCCAAAACAUCAAAAAUGGUGUCGAGUUCUUAGUUCAACGGACGCACAAGUUCCAGUCAAUCCUAGGGUUUGGUGGUGCAUUUACCGACUCGGCAGGUAUCAACAUUCUGUCGCUGACCAAAAGGACCCAAGAGAAUUUACUAAGGUCUUACUUCUCCCCGGAAGGAAUUGAGUACAAUUUUGGUCGGGUGCCUAUAGCAGGAACCGAUUUUUCAACCUACACAUACACGUACGACGAUCAUGAGAAUGACGCCUCGCUUUCUCUAUUCAAUCUUACCAAAGAGGACUACAAGUACAAGAUUCCUUUGGUGCAUCGAGCUCAAGCCAUGAGUGACGAGGAAGUGAGGUUAAUCGCCACAGCAUGGACUGCACCUCCGUGGAUGAAGACCAAUCACGAUUUCAGUGGAUUCGGAUUCCUGAAAAAGGAUUUCAAUCAAGCCUGGGCCCAGUAUCACAUAAGAUUCUUGGACGAGUACCACAAAGCUGGAGUCAAUUUCUGGGCUGUAACGACAGGUAACGAGCCUUUGAACGGGAUGGUGCCUAUCAACCGGUUCAACUCCCUCGGCUGGACUCCUGCGGCACACAGCGAGUGGAUCUCAGAAAACCUUGGACCGAGCAUUCGAAGUUCCCGCCACAACCAGACGCUCAUCAUCGGCCUGGACGAUCAGCGGAUCCUCCUGCCAUGGUGGAUGGACAUCGUAAUGCGGAAUCCAAACACAGCUCGGUUUGUCGAUGGCAUAGGAGUCCAUUGGUACCUAGAUAACAUCGUUCCUGUAAACGUCCUCGACAGAACGCACACCAAAUUCCCCGACAAAUUCAUCAUCAAUACGGAAGCUUGUAACGGAGACAAGCCGUGGGAUUGGAAAAAGGUUCAGCUUGGAUCAUGGAAGCGUGCAGAAGCCUACAUUGAAAGCGUAAUUCAGGACCUGCAUCACUGGGUCGCCGGCUGGGUGGACUGGAAUCUAGCCCUGGACAAGCAAGGAGGUCCCAACUGGGCGAAAAACUUCGUGGACUCACCGAUCAUCGUAGACCCGAACAAUGACGAGUUCUACAAACAGCCCAUGUUCUACGCCCUGGGACAUUUUUCAAAAUUCAUUCGUCGAGGCGCCUCUAGGAUAGGUAUCGCCCCCGACUCAGCUGAUAAGGUCUUUUCGCUUGGAGUUAUCAACCCCGACGGUGGAGUUGUCGUCGUGCUGUUUAACAAGAGAUCGAGAAACGUUGAUGUCACACUGACAGACCCAGAACGAGGUUCGGUUCCCCUGACGUUACCGAAGCGAUCGAUCAGCACAUUGGUUUAUUGGUGAUCAAAUCAAAUUCACCGUUGUGACCCAAGGCCCCAACCGCUCAAGUGCAUUUGGAAUUAUUGAAUCAUGAAUAUGCACCAUGCAGCUUAUCUCCGAUGUCCACCAUUUCCCCGAUUUCCGCUGGUUACUCCCUCCGACGAAAGUGAUUGCGUGUUUUGUCACUGAUCCAUUACCAUUUCGUUUUGGAAAUGUUUCACGCAUCACAUUUUGUUGUUCUGUCCGUAUACUUUGCGGAACCUCCGCACUUUCUGAUUUUGCAUGCAAGUGAAUCAUUAAACUCCGCCAUUUCAUCCUACACGGCUUCAGCAAAUUAAAAUUGAUAUUGAAAAUAACUUGACGAAAGAUGAGUUGCACAUUGACAAUGAAGCUAGAAUCACGGGAAUUCCAAUUGCGGUCUCUCCUCCCACCUUUUUCUUUGUUUUUCCAAAGAAAAUCAACUGAAAUAAUCACGUAAUUAUAAACCAGAGAGAAUGUUUCUCGUGGUGAAAAUAAAGUCGUGGCUCCUGAAAGUAUAGAUGACUGGAUUUUCCUAGUGUAAAUAAAUAUGACACACGAAUAAUGUGGAAAUGGAAUGCCGCAAAUAGGUUUCUCUGCAACUGCAAUCGCAAAAAAAAACAGAAAAAAACCAAAAAAACCUCACCAUCGACUUGCUCUUUAGCUCGAGCAAUGACUGCAUUUGGAGCUAAACGGAAUUGGAAGGCUGAGUCUUUUGUUUACACGGUGAUUCGCCAUGCAUAUAUUAUAUUUUUGUGAAUGUGUUCAAUUUUUGAAAACCUCUAAUGAAGUGAUAAACCACAUUGACCCUCAUUUCCCCUUCCUGGCCUUUAAUUCUGAGAAUAGUCCUCAUUGUUUACUCCUGAUGCAACUUCGCCUGUACGCGUUGCAUGUGUUAUGAUAUGAAGGCGCAUUGACUUGCUUACCUUACUUGCCGUUCAAAUCCAUAAUUUUCGGAUCUACUUAAAUUUCCUUUAGAAAUUUUCAGAACGGUGUCAGUAAAUCACAAUCAUUCUGAAUUCAAUACUCCCCCCCCCCCCACCAACGAUUAAACGAAAAAUGUUCCGACUAUGUAAAAUAAUAUAUUGUUUAAUUUACUUGAAGUUUCAUUAAUUUAUUUGUAAUUUAUUUCACUUAUUUAUUAAUUUAUUCAUACAGUUUUCAAACUGAGCCUUUGAUCUUUGUACUCUUGAGUUGAAUUAACUUAUUUGUUUGUUUCUUUGUUAUAAAAGUGUUGUAAAUCCUU